AUGAGGGGCGAUCUUACUGCACAUCAGAGAAUCCCCACUGGAAAGAAACCUUAUGAAUGUAAACAAUGUGGAAAGGCUUUUACAUGGAAGAUCUCUCUUGUUGGACAUCAGAGAAUCCACACUGGAGAGAAACCUUAUGUAUGUAAAAAGUGUAGAAAGACUUUCACAUGGAAGGUCUCUCUUGCUGCACAUCAGAGAAUCCACACUAGAGAGAAACCUUAUGAAUGUAAACAGUGUGGAAAAGCUUUUACAUGGAAGGUUUCUCUUGCUGUGCAUCAGGGAAUCCACACUGGAGAGAAACCUUAUGAAUGUAAACAAUGCGGAAAGGCUUUCACAAUUAGGAACAGUCUUGCCAGACAUCAGGCAAUCCACACUGGACAGAAACCUUAUGAAUGUAAACAAUGUGGAAAGGCUUUUACAAGGAAAGUCUCUCUUUCUGCACAUCAGACAAUCCACACUGGAGAGAAACCUUAUGAAUGUAAACAAUGUGGAAAGGCUUUCACAAUUAGGAACAGUCUUACCAGACAUCAGACAACCCACACUGGAGAGAAACCUCAUGAAUGUAAACAAUGUGGAAAGGCUUUUACAAGUAGGAACAGUCUUGGCAGACAUCAGACAAUCCACACUGGAGAGAAACCUUAUGAAUGUAAACAUUGUGGAAAGGCAUUUACAUGGAAGGGCUCUCUUGCUGCCCAUCAGAGAAUCCAUUCUGGAGAGAAACCUUAUGAAUGUAAACAGUGUGGAAAGGCUUUUACAUGGAAGGACUCUCUUGCAGCACAUCAGAGAAUCCACACUGGAGAGAAACAUUAUGAAUGUAAGCAGUGUGGAAAGUCUUUUACAUGGAAGGUCUCUCUAGCAGCACAUCAGAGAAUCCACUCUGGAGAGAAACCUUAUGAAUGUAAACAGUGUGGAAAGUCUUUUACAGAUAGAAGCCAUCUUGCCAGACAUCAGACAAUCCACACUGGAGAGAAAACUUAUGAAUGUAAACAGUGUGGAAAGGCUUUCACACAGAAGGGCAAUCUUGCCAGACAUCAG